GGGCCGAGGAGGGAGAGGAGUCCCCGGCGGCGGCGGCGCGGGCCGCCUCUUUCGGCUGAGCGAUGCCUCCCGCAGGAGCAACCGGGGCGCCCGCCUUCUCCGCCGCCUCGCGGCUCGCGACGCCCGCCCGGGCUCUCGGAGACCCUGAAGCCUUGGCAAGCCACAAUUUUGGAAAUAUGACCAAUAAAUCUGAAAAUGGAUCUUCAACAGAUGGACACCUGGAAUAUAUUGCUUAUUUCCUGAUUCCAGUAUUCUUCCUUAUGGGACUGUUGGGGAUUUUAAUUUGCCACGUACUAAAGAAAAAAGGGUAUCGGUGUACAACCGAAGCAGAACAAGAAGAAGAACAGCUUGGGGAAAAGAUAGAAUUGAAUGAAAGCGUACAAGAUAAUAAUGACACCGUGGGACAGAUUGUCGAUUACAUAAUGAAAAAUGAGGCUAAUGCAGAUGUGCUGAAAGCAAUGGUAGCUGAUAACUCGGUAUAUGAUCCAGAAAGCCCAACUACUCCAGGCAGUCCAACAAGUCCAGGUUCUCCAGUAUCUCCUGGAGGUCCUCUGCCAAAACAUGCUUGCCGAGGACACCACUUGCACACCGUUGGUGGGAUUGCUGGGACAGGCGCUUGUAGUCGUUGCAGUCAGAAACGGUGGCAUCUCUUCAGUCCAGCUAAAAAGGCAAAGGAAGUCAGAAGACCCCGACAUGGAGAGGUCACAGUACUGUCUGUGGGAAGAUUUCGGGUUACCAAAGUGGAACAUAAGUCUGCUGCAAAGGAACGAAAACACUUGGUGUCCUUCAGUGGAGGGGAAGCUGGUGAAAUGCCCUCUACUCCUGUUAAAGAAGGCUCUAAAGAAGAGCCAGCUUCAGUUCCUGUCAAACAAGGAUCAAAAGAAUUGAAAUUAACACCUACCAAACAAGAAGAGAAUGUGAAAUCUGGUUCAGAGUAGCAUUUUGGGAUAGAAAGUUACAGCGAUCUGUUGUCAGGUCAGUACCUUCCAGGUGUUUGUUACAAGUCCUAAAGAAAUUAUAAAUCCUUUAAGGGCCAAAAGAUCUCAGGGUUUCUUUAAGGAAGGAAUAUAUUUGCUUUAAGUUCUUAAAUUCUGUAAAUAAGCCAUUUAUUUCAAGGUAUUGUAUCUCCACGUUGAGGAAUAUGUGGGAAGGUUGGACUGGAUCUAAUAUCCUUAGAUUGGAUUCAAAGUUCUGUUCCUUUGUUGAUGCCUCUCCAGAUGGAAUUCUACCCAUAAAGGUUGUGAUCAAAGAAAGGAAGAUCUCUUCUUGGUUUCCCUUAUUUCUGUGCUCCCACCAUUCUGGAGAGCCCUCAGAAUGAGGAUGCGGGGAGAAAAGGAAUCCACAAACACGGCUCCCUUGUUGCUGCUUCUGGCAUGGAUGAGAGCAUUUCUUCUUUAACGGAAGAUCCCUUCUAUUGUCCAUGUUUACACUGUUCACCCAUAGUAUAAAUGCUAGCUUGCAGAAUUUAGGGGUUCUGUAUGAUGACCAGGGAUUGCCAGUUUGUCACUUCCAACAAUAUAUGAUUUUCCUUCUCUUCUUCAGCAGGUAGAGGCUUUUAGAGAAAGUGAGCAAGGAGGACCAUUGGGGGAGAAAGUCAAAAUUGGCACCCUGAUGACAUCUCAAAAAGGCAUUUGUAAACGCAGUGCGGUGCACAGCUUCCACUAACUGAAUCUCUGCACAGUUUGGUCCCAGAUAUUUAAUGUGUUUUUAAUAAUGGAAUAUUUAAUGGCAUUUUAUAAUUUGAAGGCUCCUGGAACAUAGAGUCUGCAGCUUUAUAUAUUUUUUUAAGAAAAUGCCCUUUCUUUCAUUUCUAACAAAGCAGAACUUAAUGAAACCUCGCUUGGAAUGGGCAAAACCAAAACAUUUUGUCGAAGUGUCUCUUGUACGUGUCACAUCACGUUAGGUCACAUCAGAUCAAAAUAAUGUGAUCAGAUGCUGCUCAUUUCUGAGAGCAGCGUAACAGAGAAUGAAAAUUGUGAGCCGUGUUUUUGUUUUAAUUUAUUGCUAGCGUACCAAUGGCUGCUAAAUAAUGUACUGCUUAAUUAUAUUCAUUCCGCAUCUUUCUGUAAUUGCUGUUUGGUUCUCAAAGCUGACUUUACUGUUUUUUCCCAAGCUCAGUUGAGCUGCUUAUUACAUCUUGUAGAUUUGUCCAAGAAUUAGUGUGUGGGUACGCGUGCAAUUUAUUGUUACUUUUUGCCUGAUACUACUUCUUUGGGCAAACUGUGAAAAUAAAUAUAAUAAACAUCCUUCAGCGUUCCAAGAUUCUGCACUAAUGGCUCUUUCAGAGAGAUCAAUACUGCUGAAGGGCAUCUAAGCAUCUGUGAACAAGAGGGCAUAGUAUUAAUGGCGCAAUCUAAAAUAUGUCUGCUCAGAAGUAUAUUCCAGUAAAUUCAGUAGUUCGUUCUUUCAGGAUACUAAGAGCAGUGUUUUUCAACCUUGGCAACUUUAAGAUGCAUGGACUUCAACUCCCAGAAUUCCCCAGCCAGCAUGGAAUUCUGGGAGUUGAAGUCCACACUUCUUAAAGUUGCUGAGGUUGAAAAACACUGAUGUAGAGGAUUGCAAUCUACAUUAGCAUUAUUUAGGAAAAUAUAACUUCAUUUUCCAUAUCCCAUGUCAGAUAUAAAGUACAUUUUUCCGGGAUUGGGUUAGACGGCAUGUGGGAUACUUGGAGUUCUCUUUAUUCCUUGCUAAAUGUUACCUCCCCGUGGUUUUUAAGGCAGGAGGGUUAUAGGUUAAAUUUUCACUUAAUUUCCCUAUUAAGUGAAAAGCCUGUCCUUUCAUAUAAUAAAAUGUAGCCAUGUGGUAUCACAGUAUUGGACAAUAUGGUCAUAUUCUUAAAGCCCAAAGUUAAAGGAAAGUUUAGAUUUGAAAUUAAAUGAGAAUCUAUCCUAAAAUGGUGCAUGUAUUUAAUUAGUCAGCUUUGCUCCACGUUAUCCUUGUCGCUUACCUUCCUACUUAAAGUAGUUGUUGGUGCCAGUGACCUGUGGCAAUUGCUUGGGGGGAGUGUCUUCUGUUGAUAUCAUUCCCUUCUCGCAGGUAGAACUAUUUUUGCUCCAUCAAGACCUGAGCUUAAAUUUAGAAAUGGAGUGAUGCAGUAUGCUUAAGCUCUCCUGAUGAUCUCUAAAUCCUACUUAUGUUUUCCCGGUUGCUGAUUGGCUAGGCAUUUAGCUUGAGAAAUCCUCUCUUUGAAAUAGAGCCCCAAUUGCUACAGUUCUAGAAUAGGGUUGGUGGAGGGCAAUUGAGAGGACAUUUCAGCCUUGGAAAGUGCUAAUAAAUAUUUUAAGACAUGCUUGCACAAACACUGACGGAAUACUGAAGAUGGUGAAGUCCGGUUCUCAAAGCCAACAUUGUUCCAUUGGAAUUCAACCAGCAGGGAAGGCCAAGUGGAUUAUUUAACUACCAAUCCAACGAUUCUUGAGGAAAAACUGAUUGCAGGUAUCCUUCAGAUUUACGAUGAGUCGUACUAGAACAAGUUGCACCACUCCCAGUUUGGUAGGGAACCUUUAGAUAAAUGUUCACAUCUGUACAGACUUCUGCUGUUGACCAAAAUCUUUGGAUUGCGAAAAGGUAUUUAUGUGCUUGAAUAAAAGUGUUUCUCAAUUGUAGAACACAAGCCAUUCUGUCCAUAAGCUUGUAUCAGUGGCCAGAGUGGAGAUGAGCCUCACUUUUCACACUAAGUGUAAUUUAACUGUGCAUUCAAUGUCUUUUAACGAUUUGGUUCGUUGUAAACAUUUUGUACUGUUUGAACAAUAAAAGCAGCAAAGCCCUUUUUAAAA